CAAUCACCGUUUCUGGCACGAUGUGGUGAUCAUCAGCGAAUUCUGGUGUUGACUUGACUGAUUGUCAUCUCCGCAGAGGAUAUCAUAGCUCCCUUGUUCUCUACACAAUACACAACACCACCGACGGAUUGAUCGGAUUGAGUGAAGUCGCCUGUGUUCUCUUGGGCCAUGGAUGCAUUUGACAUCCACGGCAAUACAAAGUCAAAAAGAUGAACGCAGUCAGUAAGAUAGGCGCAGGAAUACUGGAUGUUAAACGAAACUUUCCAACACUGUCUCACCUCCCUGACACUGCUUUAAAAGCAGAGAUCGCCCGGCGGAAUGCACUUCGGGACGGAGAAUCAACAUGUGGUUCAAGGGAGCGGGGUGACUAUAACCUCUCGUCGCAUGUCAUGGCGUUAUUUCUCAUCCUCGUCUUGAGCACUUUAGGUAUAUAUACGGCCCUACUUCUAAUUAUCAAUUGCUGCUAAAUCAGAAUGUUCCUUCAGCGUGUUCAUUUCCAAUUCUAGCUCGUCGAUUUCCGCGCUUUCCGGUACCGCACCAUUUUCUCUUUAUUUCGAGACACUUCGGAACAGGAGUUCUAAUUGCUACUGCCUUCGUCCAUUUGCUUCCGACAGCGUUCGUCUCGCUCACAGAUCCCUGUCUUCCUCCAUUCUGGAAUGAAAGUUUCCCUGCUAUGGCUGGAUUUGUUGCCAUGGUCUCCGUUUUCGUUGUUAUUAGCGUUGAGAUGUUCUUUGCCUCUAAAGGAGCCGGGCAUGUACACGGGGCCGAAUAUCUCGGGCUUGUCGGUGACGAGUCCGAAAUAUCUACUGGGGAGCUGUACUACCCCAGGCUGACCCCGCAGCAUGUAGAAAGUGGUAUGCAUAUGGAGGAAAUGAGAGCGAACGGUGACGUCGCAACCCUGCCCAUCUCCACCUCAUCAGAAAGAUCCUUAUACCCUGAUAACCAAAGACAUUUGAGGAGUACAGGGUCAACAAAGGAGGAUAGCGAUACAGAGCUAGAGGAGUUGGAACCUUAUAUAAGUGGCGAUCCCUACUUUCAGCGACAUCGACACAGCGGCUCUCUUAAUCAUUCCAACAACUGCCAUCCGUCACAGGCCGAUGAACGCUCCCUCCAGGCGGAUUCUACUCUACAUAUUCAGAACCCGCAACGCCAGCUUCUUCAAUGUCUCCUUCUUGAGGCUGGCAUUCUCUUCCACAGCAUCUUCAUCGGGAUGGCUGUAAGCGUCGCGACGGGAACAUCUUUCAUCGUACUCCUGGUUGCAAUCUCUUUCCACCAGACCUUCGAAGGCUUUGCGCUCGGGUCGCGUAUUGCCUCGCUUAUCCCGGAUCUCUUUUCACCGUCUUCGAUAAGACCAUGGCUUAUGUCAUUGGCCUAUGGUACUACUACUCCGAUCGGACAAGCGCUAGGGUUGGUCUUGCAUAAUUUUUACGAUCCGGCCAGUUCCACUGGCCUGCUGAUGGUUGGCAUCACAAACGCCAUAAGCAGUGGGUUGUUGCUCUUUGCUGGGCUUGUAGAACUAUUAGCCGAAGAUUUCUUGAGUGAAUCAAGCUAUCAAACACUCCGAGGCAAGCGGCGGAUUCAAGCUUGUAUAGCCGUGGCAAGUGGAGCCGUAUUGAUGUCCUUUGUCGGCGCAUGGGCUUAAGAAAUAUAGAAUAGGGUUUGUCUUCACGGUGAAUUCUUAUUUGUUGUUCGUUUCUAGAUAGAGGAGAUUGCUCUUUUGGGAGGAGGAAUGUAUAACCCGCCAACCCUACGGACGUAGCCUUGCCACUUAUUUUACUGCUCAAUACUCCGUAUAUUAGACGGAUAUCCAUACCAUACAUUAUUUCUGUUGACAAGCGAAGUAUGGUGGGGAUUAUCACUGAGCACAUGCGUUAAACCAGAUUAUUUACCCUGAAAUUCCCACCAAGAUUAUAUUAGACGCCGUGGAACAGUUGGAACCGAAUUUCUUUAACGACUUUGAACAUAGAAUGGCAGAGCCCCAGGGGUAACUCUUAGAUGCAUGCAAUAGGGAUCCUAUCGUGAAGGUUGGAGGAG